AGGGAAAAAAACGGUACAAGUAGUACACACGCUAUAGGCAUAUAACGGCGUUCCGUUUUAGAAACGAACAUUGUAACGCUCCAGCAGAAUUGGACGAUGACGAGCAACAAUUCGUCGAUCGUUGUAAGUUCUACCUACAUUACAGACACCUUCGGCAAAUCCGAGUCGAUUUAAUAACCGGCUUUGAGUUGUUGAUAAAUUGCAGAAAAUCUUCGGAUACCUUCGCGUGUCAAUUAACGUUAUUUAUAUCGACCCUUUAACUAGCAAUUUAACCUGCCAACUCUAUAACCAUAACGCUAUUACACCUUCGAGCUCGAUGAAUCUUCGAGGCGUAUGUAUCCGAGCGGGCAACGAACACGGCGAACGCGUCAUUAGACUUAGAAUUUUCUCCGUUGAAAUAUAAAUUCAUAUAUAGAAUACACAUAUAUGCGUACCUCUAUUCGAACUAACUUCGCGAAUUCGGGCCUUAAAAAAUAUCUGCUUAAAAUUCUGACCGUCGUACACCACCGGCAAUCUUUGUCCAUUUUGGUCUCACGAGUUGAGAGGAAACAAAAGUAAAAAUAAACAAAUAUAAGAAAUAAAUAUAAAACCAUCUUGCCUGCUUCCUGACCAUAUAACUACUGCGGGUUCAUCUCGUGAAAGAAAGGGCCGAGAAAGGAAAGGUUCGACGUACACCGCGGGCUAAAACUGGUCUUCGUCCGACUUGAACCUUUCCUGGUUAUCUUUCUGCGUCGUCAUUGUACUUGCGAAAGAGAAGCGACCACUUGAUAAAAAGAAGAAAACAAAAAAACAAAAACCAAAAAAAGAACGAGCCGUGAGCGCGUGAAAUGAGCAAUAAGUACCCGCGAUGAAGGUUAAAUUGAUGGGGACUUGCUACAGAAUGUAUACAGGAAAAAAAAGAGGUCUUUGGACUUACGGACGAAGCUUAUUUUUCUCCAUUUUUACCGCAUCGCGCUGUAAACGGUAUAACGAAUCUCGAAAAACACGUGAGAAAUAUGGCGGAUAUUUAUUGUGGAAUACGAUUGAAAUAAAACAAACGGUCGCAUGAGAAAACGCUAAUGAUAUACUAACGAUUAUUUUCAUUACCUCAUCAAAGUGUACACGAUGAGGAAAAAAAAGCGAUCACGAGGAAACCUACGAUUAAGAAAUUGAGCGCGGCAAUGCGAACAGCGAGCUAACCAAGUCCGGAACUGAUUUAUAGGUAACGACCUUGGAUAAUUAUAACAAGAUGAAUUAUAACUCGACGCUGACGGUGCGCGAGACUGAUGAAAAAAUAAAGCUGUUCAAGAUUCUUGCGGAAAAAUAAGGCAAAUCGGAGUGAGCUAAAUUAAAAACAUGCACACGAAAAUUCUGCAGUGUUUCGCAGCUAUACGGAGCAUUCGAGCGAGUCGCGACGUCAGCGAGUGCAAAAUUUUAUUACCGCCUGAUUUCGAACAUUGCUGGGGAAGAUUAUCUAAUGGGAUACCGGGAGAUGUGCUCCGUACUUUGAUUAACACGCUCGUUUCGUAUUAUAUAUACAUAUACAUUUAUUCGGAUUCUUUUUGUUUUUCCCCCCAAUUAAGGAGAGGAAAGACGUCGGCAUUAAAUAGUGGAGAACACGCUCGAUCGUUAGCUAACUAAUCGCGAGUACGUAAUAUAAUAAUACAGGUAAGUACAGAGAGAAUCUCAGACGCCGUCAUCGCGUGAUUCAUGACUGUUAAAUCCUUCAACCCCUGACUAAAGAUGGUUAAAAGUUUGAGAAGAAGUGUGUACACGGGUAGACGUGUGUGUACACGGGUACGUACUAGUUUUUAGUUUUGUGUCGCUUACGACCACCUGCAUCUGCAAGAGCGCUAAUAAGUAUUAAAAUUUCACGCACGUUAGGAAUAUAAAAUAACGUGUACGUAUGAUACGAGUAAAGCCAAUGACCGCGAAAGAACGUGGAUAGAUAUCUCUUUGCGUGCAUGUAAAAUAUUCUCCAAUUCGAGUCGAUACCACAGAAGAGCGUUCGAAUCAAAAAUGAAAUAGCCCGGUUUCUCAGAGAAUAACUGAAAUCACUUAAUAUCAUCGGAUCUUCGCCCAUCGAAUGAUAUACUUGUAUAUUUUCAACGUGAAGUCACGUAACCAAUAACUAAUAAAUUGUUAUUUACCACCGGGAUGUGCACGCGAACUUCGCAUCCGCGUCCAAAUUAUAUUCAUGCAGAGAUAGCCGGUAUGUGUAAUAAGUACUUAACGUCACUCACGUUGACCACACAUUAUACCCGAAGUCUGACUGAUCGAAAGUUUACUAUACGUAUUUUCUGAGCAAAUAGAAAAAUUCAGUUUCUUUGAACGAACGUAGCUGACCUUAUCGCGGCUUACACGCAUGCAUUAUUUUGACCCAUUAAGUUUCGUGCCGAGAUUCAUUGAUUCUUUUUUCUUCCCGUUUCGAGUAGAAAAUUUCUCUCUUUCAUUCGAUAACCCGUGAAAUUGACGAUAACCGUCAAAUACCAUACAACGGUUGAACACAUUUCUAUCAUACAGAUAAUCGACAAUCGACAGAAGAAUUUGAGAUCUGAAGUCGGCGUGUAAUCCGGUCGGCUUCCCCCCAUAUAUUAUUCUCCGACGCGCCUAUUCGAGGGUCGUAAAAAAGAAAAAUUUCUAACAUGAAACGAAGUGGUAAAAUUUCAGUGGGAAUUUGACCCGUGAACAGGACAUGAGAUUUUUUAAUGACCGUCGAAUGAAGGACCCUUUUUUUUUUUAGUGACAAUCAAUCCAUAGUUUCUCUGAUUUUAAAUGCUGCACGCAAUUAUAAUUUUCGGGUUAACGUAAUCAAACGGAUUUCGAGAACACGCGAACGAGCAGCUGCCCGUACACAGAUGCGAAGGAACGAUGGCAGCCGCUAAGGAUUUCAGCUCCAUCGGUGGUCUCGAGAGUCAAAUACAAAUUCUCAAAGAAAGUGUUCUUUUCCCCUUGAUGUAUGGAGACAUUUACGCGAGGUUCAACGUGAAACCACCACGUGGACUUUUGUUCUACGGACCUCCCGGUAAUCAAAACUGUACAGUCAAAGAUUUCUUGCCUUUACCACGAAUUCGAUUUCCAAUCGACCAUCCCGCGAGGUCGGAAUCGCAAUUAUAAACGUUACCGUAACGCGGUGUGCGCUGGUAGUGCCGCUGCAGAUUGUCAGAGUAGGUAGAUAAUACGGUAGAACAUUUUAUAUGAAAUCAGCGCUACGAGAUCAGCUUGAGUAGUAUAUCUCACUCACAUCGGCGCAGUUACAAUUUGUUAUAAUUCGAAGGUUAACUGCGUUUUUCUUCAAGGAACUGGAAAAACUUUGAUGGCCGGUGCGCUGGCUCUGGAGUGCAGCACCGCAGGACGAAAAGUUUCAUUUAUAUCGAGGAAAGGUUCGGACUGUCUCAGCAAAUGGGUUGGCGAUAGCGAAAAACGGCUCAGAGACAUAUUUCUCAGGGUAAUCAACGUCGAUUCCCAUAAUCCCGAUAUCCGAGCGAGCUUUUCGUUUCGUCGUAACGAAAACCAGAAACAAAAUAAGAAGUCCAGGCGUUCGUCGUGUAAUUUAUUCUCGCCGUCUGAGGAAGGUGUUGAUACAGCGGACGCCUUAAAGUCUUGACACUUGAGUUAUCUCUACAAGAUUUCUAAGCUUCUGGGUGUGAGCUCUACCCGGUGGUUCCUACGCACGCCGCGCGUUCGACGACGGAGGGAAAUCUUUAUCAUUCUCCAAAUAUUAUUAACGCGCCGUCUAAUAUGAAAGUAUAAUUUCCUCUCGACGGCGCGCUUACCGGAUUAUCAAUCAAUUACAGUCGAGCUACCGCGAUCCGCGAUUCGCUUGCAAAAAAACUUGUAACUGACAGUCCGGGGUCGAAACAAGAGAUUGAUGGGGACGAAGAGGGGGCCCCAUAGUUAACCCGCAACGGUUGCCUCGAUAUCAACGGUUAAUCGUUACAGCCUUUAAUUAAUCGCCAAUUAAUUCGAUAUGCGCAGGCCAAGCAAACGAAACCGUGCAUCAUAUUCUUCGACGAGGUCGACGGUUUGGCACCGGUCAGAUCGAGCAGACAAGAUUUCGUUCACACGAGCGUCGUGUCCACCCUUCUCGCCCUAAUGGACGGCUUGGACAAUAAUUCCGAAGUGAUCGUCAUAGGAGCUACCAACCGACUGGAAGCCAUAGACCCGGCGCUUCGUAGACCUGGAAGAUUCGACAAGGAAUUAUACUUUCCAUUGCCUUGUUUCAAUACCAGGAAGGAAAUACUGGCGGUACGGGGAUCAUUUUUUCAUCGGUUAAAAUAUCGCAUUUACUCGUCAUCUUCGCGAACCGAUUAUACAUUUGAACCGGUGAUUGAGCGAGCAUGUAAGAUACCGUGGUAAAAAAAAAACAAAAAAAAAAAACAAACUAAUAAUAAUAAGCACGCGGAGGGAAAGUGAUGCGAAGUUAACCCGGUGAAAGAUCGUUGGUUCGUUUAAAAAGUCGACGAUGGGAUAAAUCGUUUGAAAAUAAUAUACACGUACAUCUGGCACGCACGUAUAUUCAAUGGCGGAACAAUUUGUUAGGAUGAUCAAAAUUUAUUUGCAAAGUGAUUCCUUUCUAAUUGAUGAAAAAAUACCAACGUACCGGUUGGCAUCGAUCGAUAGCAGCGCGUCGACAUUCGAACGAAACGGCGAUCGUCGAUCACGAUCCCCAAAUAAGGCCCCUCUCGUUAGAUGAUCGCUACGCGGUAUGCGUGUCGUGCGUGGCUCCGCGAUCGAUAAGAAAUCCGAGCGUGAGACCAUAGGCCGACUAUUAAUCACGAGUUUUCGAUGUCAGGUCCACGUCAACAAUUGGAAAGACAAGCCGGGAAAGAGAUUCGUUUCGUAUCUGGCUUCUAAGACAAUAGGAUUCUGCGGUAGCGAUCUUCAGGCACUUUGCGCCGAGGCUGUUAUGUGCUGCGUCAGAAGGAAUUACCCGCAAAUUUACACGACCAAAGCGAAACACCGGAUAAACGGAAGGUUUUUAAAAGUAAGCCAUUGAAAUUUGAUAGCGCAGGAUCCCGUUCGACCCGUUAGCGUCGUCAUCUAACGUCCUGGAAUCGUUGCCCGAGGUGUAAACGUCGUUUGCGAUAUGGGUGGUCGGUGUGUCCGCGCGAAAGAAUGUGAUAUUUGCCCGUCUAAACCCAGGUCAACAAGCGAGACUUCUUGACGGCGCAUCAGAAAAUUAUUCCAGCAUCGCAUCGCGUAGCCGUGUCCCCGGUGAAGCGUUUGUCUCGACGAAUACGACCCUUGCUUCGAGAAACUCUGAACACCGUUAUGGACAGAAUCCAGACGCUCUGUCUUCGCGGGAACUUCGCGCGGGACAAAACGUUAGCCGUCUGAUUAUUUUCACGAAAGUUUUUUUUCACAAUCGUUUGCGAUUGUAGUUUCAGCGGUGGUAAAAGCACACCGAAAUCCUGCGGAUGUCCACGACUGUUAUUGACGGGGAACGACAACUGUCAGAGUCGUCACAUAGGACCGGCGAUAUUGCACGCCCUGGAGCACCUGCACUGUCACGUUCUCGACAUAACGACGUUGUACGAAGUAACCGGUAGAGCGGCAGAAGAGGCGAUAAUCCAGGUGGAUAUUCCGAAUCACGUUGUACCUUUUUCCUAUUACGUAAACAUGAAUCGUGGCGAUUUAACCGUUCCGUUGCUUGUUUUUCCCCCCUCGCGAUUUUACCUCGCGAAUUCACCUCUCCGUUUAUAAAGCGGGUUAAGGAGGCACGACAUACUCUUCCUUCUUUACUGUACAUACCAGACAUCACGUCGUGGUGGGAACUGGUAGAGGAACCAGCACGCGUCGUCUUCACCUCACUGAUGGAGGGUCUUGACAGUACCGUGACUAUGUUCGUUCUGACAACCGCCAAUUGUAGACACGCAAACCUGCCCGAAGAGGUAAAGUCAUUGUACAACGUCCAACGGGGAGAAGUCUACGAAAUGAAACUACCGGAAACCAGAGAACGAGAAUCAUAUUUCGAGCAAUUAUUCGCGCCAAUGAGUUCAAGAACUUCGAUGUCCGAAGAUCUAUCGCAGAAGUCUUCUAGCGUGUCUUCGGAGUUGAUGCCCGGUAGAAAAUCAUCCGGAGAGAUGAACGCGGGGCCAAAGCUCGCAAUCAGCGGUGUUCAAUCCGUACGGUCGGCCACUUCACCGUCUACAUCGGGAAUCCCGUUGAAACGAGAGUACAGCGCAGCAGGAGAGACCGGUGCUUCGAAACGACGUAAAAUAUUUUCCGGAUCGGCGACUGUGGAUAAGAAAUUUAAUCCCCGUCUCCCGAAUCUUUCGAACAAUCGAACGAGGGAGUUAACGCGCAAAAUAGUUACACUGACUGUCGGCUACAACGCUCAACAUCUCGAGGGUAUUUACGCAAUUCUGGAACUGGCAAUCGGAAACAGCGAUGUUACGAACAUGACCGAAGCGGUAAUCGAGUGUCUGAACAGUUACAACGAAACGAGAAAGGUGAAAAUGAAAAUGUCGAAAAAACGAGACGCCGAAAAUCUAAGACUGAAAUAAUUCUGAAACAGAAUCUAUCGCUGGCGUAACUUUGAUGUGGUAUCGUGUAUAGUAACUUGUCAUUUGAUUUACCAAUAAAACGU